AGUAGAGACAGAGAGCGAGGGAGGGCACCUUGUGUUCAUCAGAGUUUUAUCGUUGUCUAACUUUAGAUCUUGGCUCACAGGCGGCUUCUCAAGUAACAAGGCUGCAGGCUCACUCCAGCCACUCCACGCAGAGACAGAAACAGAGCUUCACACAGAGCUUUAAAGAGAGACGAGAGAAGACAGAGGAAAGUGCCAAGAAAAAGGAGAACAGGAAGAACGCUGUCAUAUAAUGAGACAUUUCAAACAGAAGACACAGACAUAAAGAGAGAGGAAGACCACACAGUGGACUAUUCUGUUUUGAAACAACUCUUCACCACAGCAGUCUAUCUCUACCUUUUACCUAUUGGGACUGGACAAUGACUGAGGAAGCAGAAGUGGGAGUCGACCCCUCUCCAACCUCAGAGCCUGAGCAACAGGCUCCACAUUUUUUACAAGAUGUCAUCUUCCAUGGCAAGUUUAAGCUGCUGAAGGCUCUAACCCCAGAGGAAAACACCCACUGCCAGCAUGGCCUCUACUUCGAGGACGGUGAGCGUCGUGUUGACUAUGUCCUCACCUAUCCUUUGAAAAAGCCCAGCGGGGGACGCUCCACCCGACAGUCAUCACACCUGCUCAUUGAAAACGCUGUUGCCCGGAGCCUUCGCCGUGGCCCCCAUAGCCGUGAUGAACAUCACCGAAAACACCAAGCACAAAAGGCUAAAGACUCAUUGUCUCCGCCGUCACCACCAGGGGCUGACGUGGAGCUGGGCUGUCCAGGAGAAACUUUGGGGGGCCAGGAGGAUCAUAAGAUGUUCACGAGGGAGAAGUUUGAGGCGAAACUGAGAGACAUGGGGCUGGAGCUGGAGAAAGAUGAGGAUACCAAGAUUCAAGGAGUGGGCUUUGUGAAGAUUCAUGCUCCCUGGAAUGUUCUCUGUCGAGAGGCUGAGUUAAUGAAGCUAAAGAUGCCCACCAAGAAGAGAGUUCCACCAUGUAGUGAUGGUCUGGUCUGGUGCAGCCUGCAGAGAGGGAGGAAAGCAUAUAGUCAGUUGUCUGGGAGGAAUGUGCAGCCAGGACUAGUGCUGAUGUUUGAAGUCAAGGAGUCAAGUGGUGUCAUGGAGAAGAUCAACACUCUGGUCAGUAAAGUCCUGGAGCCUCUCCACCCUCAUGUUGAGGAACGUCGACACAGACACAUCAAACACCUGUCACACACUUUCUCCAGAGAAAAACAACACCUGUUUGACCUCUCAGACAAAGAUUACUUCUUUGACAGCAAAACCAGGAGUUCAAUAGUUUUUGAAAUACUAAAAAGAACAAAAUGCAAGGCCAAGUACAACAUGGGUAUCACCAGUCUGCUGGGAAGUGGUGUCUAUACAGCAGCUUACCCUCUUCAUGAUGGAGAUAUUAACGAGGAGAGUGCAGAGCCCAAUGACAGAAAGCUUCUGUAUGAGGAGUGGGCAAACUACAGUGUCUUCUACAAGUACCAGCCCAUUGGACUUGUGCGGAAGUAUUUUGGUGAGAAGAUUGGUCUGUACUUUGCCUGGUUGGGUCUGUAUACCCAGAUGCUGAUUCCUGCCUCUCUCGUGGGGGUCAUUGUCUUUCUGUAUGGAUGUGCAACAGUCGAUGACAACAUACCAAGCAUGGAGAUCUGCCACCCAAAGAACAACAUCACCAUGUGUCCUCUGUGUGACAGAGUAUGCAGCUACUGGAAACUUAGUACAGCCUGUGGAACUGCCCGGGCCAGUCACCUGUUCGACAACCCUGCCACAGUUUUCUUCUCCAUCUUCAUGGCUCUGUGGGCUGCCAUGUUCAUGGAGCAUUGGAAGAGGAGGCAGAUGAGACUGAACUAUGAAUGGGACCUGACCGGGUUUGAAGAUGAGGAGGAAGCUCUCAAGGACCACCCCAGAGCUGAAUAUGAAUUCAGAGUGAUGCAGAAGUCUCUGAGCAAAGAUCAGAAAUUACAACACAAGACUGAAAAGCUCUCAUGUCGAGACCGCCUCCCUGCCUACAUGACUAACAUUGUCAUGAUGCUGUUAAUGAUUGGUGUUACAUUUGCCAUCGUGUUCGGUGUCAUCCUCUACCGGAUCUCUACCAAAGCUGCUCUUCAUAUGAGCUCCAAUCCAAUCACACGUAACCACGUACAGCUGACAGUUAAAACCACCGCCGCCAUCAUCAACCUGGUGGUCAUCCUCAUACUGGACGAGGUGUAUGGAGCGGUUGCACGAUGGCUCACUGUGCUCGAGGUUCCUAAAACAGACAAGAGUUUCGAGGAGCGACUCAUCUUUAAGACUUUCAUUCUCAAGUUUGUCAACGCUUUCAGCCCCAUCAUCUACAUCGCUUUCUUCAGAGGAAGACUGGUAGGCAGACCAGGCAGCUACCUGUAUGUGUUUGAAUCCUACAGGAUGGAAGAGUGUGCUCAUGGAGGCUGUCUGAUGGAGCUGUGUAUACAGCUGAGUAUCACCAUGUUAGGAAAGCAGCUAAUUCAGAACAACCUUUUUGAGAUUGGAGUACCUAAGCUGAAGAAGCUGAUUCGCUACAUUCAGUCAAAGCAAGUGGCUUUCCAAGAAGAAGAGAGACAGAAGAAGCUCCAGAGAUAUGAAACUGACCACUUCCUGGAACCAUUCGCUGGUUUAACGCCAGAAUAUAUGGAAAUGAUCAUCCAGUUUGGUUUCGUUACGUUGUUCGUGGCGUCCUUCCCCCUGGCUCCUCUUUUUGCUCUGCUCAACAAUAUCAUCGAAAUCCGACUUGAUGCCAAGAAAUUUGUGGCUGAGUUACGAAGACCAGUGGCAGCAAGAGCCAAAGACAUAGGUAUAUGGUACAACAUACUGAGAGGGGUGGCAAAAGUGGCCGUCAUCAUUAAUGCAUUUGUCAUCUCCUUCACAUCAGACUUCAUCCCUCGAAUGGUCUACCAGUACAUGUACAGCCCUGAUGGCUCCAUGCAUGGAUUUGUCAACCAUACGCUGUCCUAUUUUAAUGUCAGCCACUUCCAGGAAGGCAAAGAAACCUUGGAUCCAUUGCACCUUGGCUACCCCGUUGAGAUCUGCAGGUAUAAGGACUACAGAGAACCUCCUUGGUCAACCACUCCAUAUGAGAUCUCCAAGGAAUUCUGGGCAGUGCUGGCUGUCCGACUGGCCUUCGUCAUUGUUUUCCAGAAUGUUGUGAUGCUGAUGAGCGACAUCGUGGACUGGCUAAUUCCAGACAUCCCUAAAGACAUCAGCCUCCAGAUCCACAAGGAGAAGAUUCUAUUGAUAGAUCUGUUCAUGAAAGAAGAGCAAGUCAAGCUCCAGUUCCGUGAGAGUAGGUUGUCUACAGCAGCCAAAGAGAACUGCAGCAAGAGCAACAACAACAACAACAGCACAACGGCUCACCCACGCUCCAGACUGCACACCGACAGCACUAAAAGCCUCUGAUUCUAGUAACAAUGAAUUCUUAGUUCAGUCUUAGUUAGCAACCCAAAGCUUGCUAGCAGCCUGUUCGCUCAGGCCAAUCUAAACUGUUUUUGUUCUUGUUCAGAACAUUCCAACAAUUGGGAGAGCAGCUUGCUGAUGAGGUGUCAAAAUGGAGGAAGGAAAGUAAAGGUGAAUGUGUGGGGCCAAAUAUGUUGCAGUCUGUAUCUUAAUCCAUACGUCCGUACUCAGACAAAUUUCAUGAAUGUGUACACAAACCUGUAAAUGUGCACACAAAUUUGAGAAUAUGUACGGGAAUAAUGCAUGCUCAGAUUGUGUACACGAUGCACAUAUCAUUUCUACAUUUGUAUAAGAAUAAAAAAAGAACAGGGUGUUGUUUAGCUCAGUUGGUAGAGCAUCCGCCCCAUGUCCAAAGGCUCAGUCCUUGCUGCAGAAGCCCAGGGUUUGAAUCUGACCUGU